AUGGCAGAAGGGACUCGAUCUUUUUCUCAGUUGAAUGAAGCGUUGCUUACAAGACUGUCAGUGAACAAUGCAAGAGGUAAUGAUGAUUUUGCUGGGAAUAUAAAUGGACAUGAUACGACUCUUGAAGGUGUUGGUGAGACUCAUUAUAAGGAACUGGGUGAUAGAGGGUUACCUAAGCGUGUUAGGUUGGAGAUUCCAAGAUUUUCUGGGCAUAAUUCGUUGGCUUGGGUGUAUAGAGUGAAUCAGUAUUUCCUCUUCCAUCAAAUUCCCCCAGGUCAAAGAAUCUUUAUAGCUUCUUUUCAUUUGGAUGAUGAAGCUUUAAUUUGGUUCCAGGAUGCGAGUGAAGCAGGUGUUUUCCAUUCGUGGGAUGAGUUUGUUCAAGCCUUGCAAGUAAGGUUUGGGUCAUCCCCAUAUGAUGAUCCUAUGGAAUCUUUGACAAGAUUGAAGCAAGUGAGUUCUGUUACCACUUAUAAAAUUGAAUUUGAAUUGCUUUCCAACAGAAUAAAAGGCAUUUUUGAGAAAAACAAACUAAGUUGUUUUCUUAGUGGGUUGAGAGAUGAAAUAAGGUUGCCAGUCAGAAUGUUGAAGCCGUCUAACUUGAAUGAUGCAUUUGGCCUAGCUAAAAUCCAAGAACAGUAUGUGUGGAGCACUAAAAAGUCUUGGAAAAGUAAUUCUUUUGAAGGCCACCAACAGUUAUGGAAUGGAAAUACCAAUAAGUCUGGUCCUUCCAACUCAAUCUUGGGUGCUCCUAAGGGCCAGCCCAUUUCAAGAAUGCCAUAUCAGAGGAUUUCUGAAGCUCAGAUGCAAGAUCGAAGGAAGAAGGGCCUGUGUUAUUUCUGUGAGGACAAGUGGCAUCCGGGCCACAAAUGUGCUAGACCUAAGUUGUAUGUGAUGGAGGGUAUGGAUUUUUUAGAAGGGGUGGAUGGUUUGGCAGAAUUGGAACCUAAUCAGAGUAUUGAAGAGGAGCAGGAUCAAUUGCCUGGACCUGCUCAGAUUGCUUCCAUUUCAAUUCAAGCAAUGAUGGGAACACCAAGUCCUAAAACCAUGAAGGUUAUUGGACAGUUAAAGAAGAAAGAAGUAUUAAUACUUAUUGACAGUGAUAGUACCCACAACUUUGUGGAUACUAUGGUGGCUGUUAACUCAGGAUUAUGUUUACACAAAGCCAACCCUAUGCAAGUUAAAAUUGCCAAUGGAGAUGUGGUUAGUAGUGAAGGAGUGUGUAGUGCAGUGGAAAUUCAGAUUCAAGGCACAACAAUUGUAUCAGAUUUUUGUACAUUGGAGUUAGGGAGUUGUGAUGUUGUUUUAGGGGUGCAAUGGUUAUUGUCCCUAGGGCCUAUUCUUUGGGAUUUUCAGAAGCUGCAAAUGCAAUUUCAAGUUGAAGGAAGAGCUAUAUCUUGGCAAGGCUUAUCUUUUCCUUGUAACCUUGUUAUUAAAGAUGCUGACAUCUCUAGUAUUACUGGACUGGAACAUCGAAGUAUGUUCUUGCAUAUGAUUUCAGUAAAUUCCCAAGAAGAUUUUGUUCAAGAACCUGAGAUGAUAACACAGUUGCUGAGUAGGUUCAGCAAGGUUUUUGAGGAACCAAGUGGCUUGCCUCCUCAAAGAUCACAUGAUCACCAAAUCAAUCUGAAGCAAGGAUCUGUACCUGGAGGAGUUAAAGCAGAUCCAAAGAAGUUAGAAGCCAUGAUCAGUUGGCCUCUGCCAAAGAACGUGAAAGGUCUGAGGGGCUUUCUUGGUUUGACAGGUUACUACAGAAAGUUCAUUAAAUGCUAUGGGCUUAUAGCUGCACCAUUGACAGCUUUAUUGAAGAAAGAUGCUUUUGUGUGGAACUCAGAAGCUACAAAAGCAUUUGGGGAAUUAAAGGCUGCUGUUACCAGCCCACCAGUUUUAGCAUUGCCAGAUUUUACAAAGGGCUUUAUUAUUGAAUGUGAUGCUUGUGCAAAUGGAGUAGGGGCUGUGUUGAUGCAAGACCAAAGGCCUUUAGCCUUCUUGAGCCAAGCUUUGAAAGGGAAGAACUUAUUGCUGUCAACAUAUGAAAAUGAGUUUUUGGCAUUGGUGCUUGCAGUAAAAAAAUGGAGACCUUACCUUCUUGGUGGUACCUUUGUGGUGAGAACAGACCACCAUAGUUUGAAGUAUCUGCUUGAGCAGAAAGUGGGCAUAGCAGCUCAACAAAAAUGGCUUGCAAAACUUUUGGGCUAUGAGUUUACCAUUGAAUACAAGAAAGGGGUGGACAAUAAAGUAGCAGAUGCCUUGUCCAGAAAGAAUGAGUGUGAAGACCUUAUGUCAUUGAAUGCUAUUUCUAUUCCUAAUCCAACAUGGCUUGAGGAAAUUCGAAAGGCUUAUGACAAAGAUCCAGUUAUUAAGCAGCUGCUGAAUGAAUUUCAACAAGGUCAAUCUCCUUCAAACUUGACUCUUAAACAAGGCAUUCUUUUUAGGAAAUGGAGGAUUUACAUUCCCAAUUGUUCAGAAUUGAAGCUGAAAGUUUUACACUACGUUCAUGCAAGCCCAUUGGCUGGACAUUCAGGAUUUCACAAAUCCUUGCAUAGGGCAAGAAUAAACUUUUAUUGGCCUGGUUUGAAGAUAGAAGUGAAGAAGUUUAUUUGUGAAUGUGAAGUUUGUCAAAGAAACAAGAGUGAGAAUAUUUUGCCCGCUGGUUUGUUACAGCCCUUGCCCAUUCCUCAACAAAUAUGGACUGAUGUGUCUAUGGAUUUUGUUGAAGGACUGCCAGUAUCAAAAGGAUUUUCUGUAGUGAUGGUGGUGGUGGAUAGGGUAUCAAAGUAUGCACAUUUUUUAGCCUUAAAACAUCCUUUUACAGCAGCCACGGUUGCUGCAUUGUUUCUAAAUAAUAUUUUCAAACUGCAUGGGAUGCGCAGCAGCAUUGUUUCUGAUCGAGGGGCAACUUUCACAAGUGACAAGCCUAAGGGCUGGUUUGAGUGGCUACCACUUGCAGAAUGGUGGUAUAAUACCACCUGUCAUGCUUCAACAAAAAUGACACCAUAUGAGGCAGUGUAUGGUGUUCCUCCCGUGAAAUUACAGCAGUAUAUUCCUGGUUUAUCUCAAAAUCAGGCUGUGGAAGAGUUACUCAGAACCAGAGAAGAAAUUUUGGGCAGUUUUGAAGAAUAA